AUGGCUUCAAUUUUGGAGUCCUACGAGAAGCAGUAUGGAAAUCUGACAAGUGAAAUUACGGCGAAGCUCAACAAUAUUUCUAGGCUUGCUAAUGAUGAACGGAAGGCGGAGAUAGCAGCAACUACCCGUUUAUUCGGUGAAACUCGUGAGCUUCUUGAACAGAUGGAUUUGGAAAUUCAGGACAUGCCUGCUGAUGUGAAACCUAAGUACACUACUCGGUUGCAGUGCUACGGACAGGAGCUUGGGCGCCUUGCACAAGAAUUUAAACGCCCUCGCUACAGCAUGAACGCGGCCCCGAGUACUGGGCCCCUCUCCGACCACGGUGCUUUGCGCGAGGAGCUACUUAGCGGGGCUGCGACCGACUCGGGUGAUAUGCGCGCUAGUCUGCUGACGAAUACAGAGCGCGUGGAGCGUACUGGCCGGCGCCUCAACGAAGGCCUUCGCAUGGCCUAUGAGACCGAGGAGAUUGGGGGACAGAUCCUCGAUGACCUGGAUCAGCAGCGCGAGACCAUCCAGCGCAGCCGUGAUCGCCUAAGGCAUGCCAACGAAGACCUCUCACGCAGCUCCCGGUUAAUCUCAAAGAUGUAUCGACGUGUUAUCCAGAACCGGGCUGUUUUGGCUGCGAUCGGGAUACUAAUGUGUCUCGUCUUCUUCGGCAUUACCUACAUAAUGUUCUUCCGUGAUUCAAGCAAAUCCACCACCACUCCACUUCCUGAUAGUCCUCUCCCCCCUGUACUUACUCCCAACAAAAAUUCCUCAGGAACAGUCUAG